UUAAAAUUGUUAAAAUUGUGCCGUUUCGUAAGUAUAAAAAAAUAACCAUUAUAGGGUUGGAAAGUAAAACGUCAUCCGAACGCGACUUCAAGGGAUUUGUCUCAGCGUGAUCAACCGGUUGCUGAGUUGCCUACAGGGAUUCAAUACAUGGAUUCACUUUCCAGUCCAGUAGUUCUUGGUCUUCUAACUGGAGUGGGCUGCAGUCUUUGCUUGGGAUGGCUGCUCCGUGGUCGGUUUGACAAAUCCCGCAAAGGCGUACUCCCUUCCAUGGAAAACGGGACAGGGAGUGAAACGAGCAUCAUGGGCGAGUCUGGCGAGUUCAAAAUGAUCCUGGUGGUGCGCAACGAUUUGAAGAUGGGAAAGGGCAAAGUAGCAGCACAGUGCUCCCAUGCUGCUGUGUCUGCAUACAAACAGGUGCAAAGAAGAAACCCAGAACUGCUUAAGCAGUGGGAGUAUUGCGGUCAACCAAAGGUGGUGGUCAAGGUACCGGAUGAAGACAGCUUGAUUGAGAUUUUGGCCAGUGCUAAGGAGCUGGGCCUGCCUGUUAGUUUAAUACAGGACGCUGGGCGCACACAGAUAGCACCUGGUUCUCGUACAGUGUUGGGUGUGGGGCCCGGUCCGGCUGAUCUUGUGGACAAAGUAACUGGACAUCUGAAACUUUACUAAGUUUGCAGUGCUAGUGAAAAAUACAUUGUAUUCUGUUUUUUUUAUUUUUUAUUGCUCAGGACUUUUUUUUUAAAUGUUUUUCUUUAUUAUUAAAUCAGUUGUCAUUUUUUGUUUCUUUAUUGAUAUUUCACUGGUUUGGCUUUUUUCCUGGUGGAAAUAUUUGUGAAUUCUAUCAGUCACAACUUUGCAAGUAUAUUUUGCUGCAAUGCUAUUAAAAGUGUGAAUUUCACCCAGAAAUUGUAGUGUUUCAUUUAAUCAACACUGUAGGGAUGGGGCUGUGAGAUAUUUGUUCAGUACAUAACUAAGGUUUAUGAAGAGACUGAAAGGGGGUUAAACCCAACUGUGCCUUGUUUAGCUUGGAAUUGACAUGAUCAUUUUAAUUACAUUAAUUCCAACAAUGUUCCAAAAAAAAAUACUGUACCAUCAGCAUUUUUUAUUAGAAAAGAAUGAAGCAAUUUAACUUCACACUUCCGAGGAGGGCAAAAGUACAGGAUUUCUCCUUAUCCUGUAUAAUUAUAACAAUCGGAAGGUAGGACUUUGGAGCUGGACUACUAUAAAGUGUCCCUAAGGGGGCGAUAUAUCCCUGCUGAGCAACUGUUUUCUCUAUGGUUGGUUGGUUUGUAAUCAAGGAUUUGAUACCAAAAGGUGAAAUCUUUCCAUAGUUUAUUCAUAGUUUAAUACGUAUAGUAUUUUAAGACGCCACCAACUAGGUGUGGAAUCCAUUGUUACAGGUGGUGAUUAUUUAAGCCACUCAUGCUUUCUUUCAAAGGGUUAACAACCCCACAAAAAGAAUGCUUAUAAACCUUUAAAAACAGAAAAACCUGUUUACCCAGUGUUCUUUGUUCCUCAAAAAUACUAAACAUGCUCUAUGUUAAUAUGACUUCUUGGAUGCAAAAAUGUUUUCUGAAUAAAAUUCAUUCAACCCUA